AUGAGGUCAGACGUGAGAAUCGUCUUGGCGGGAGAUGCGGGAGUAGGCAAAUCGACGCUCAUCACGAGCUUGAUCAAGGAAACGUUUGUGGAGAGGGUGCAGAAGAGGAUACCGGAGAUCACGUUGCCCAGCGAUGUGUGUCCAGAAGGAGUCAGCACAAAGAUCAUCGACACUUGUUGUGAGUGCCGCAUAGGUGACGCACCUGCUGAUUUGGACGUGCAUCAUCAGCGUCAGCCUGCUCUGCUGCCAGCAUACAGGGCUGAAGACAUGCGCCAUCUUCUAACUCCCGCCUUCCUUGGUAUUCUUGCACCGCUCUUGCAGCUGGACCUGAAGAUCGAGGUCACCUGGAUUCGGAAUUGCGGAGGGCGUCGGUCAUCUGUAUGGUGUACUCGGUAGCACACACAUCCACAUUCGAACGCCUGCCAACCUACUGGUUGCCCUAUAUUCGGUCACUAGGCGUCAACGUUCCGGUCAUCCUGGUGGGAAAUCAGAUCGAUCAACGCACUUCGCCUUUGCCCAAUUCGUUGCUUGAAUCCGAGUUGGCGCCGGUGAUGGGCGAGUUCAAGGAGGUGGAGACUUGCGUAGAGUGUUCGAGCAAGCUAUCACUCAACGUCAGCGAGGUCUUCUAUUUCGCCCAGAAAGCCGUGCUCUACCCGACUGCACCGCUCUACGACUCCAAGGCACACGCGCUCAAGCCCAACUGCGUAGACGCUCUAAGACGGAUAUUCAGACUCUGCGACAGUGACAAAGAUGGCCUGCUAUCCGAUGCUGAGCUCAACGACUUUCAAAGAAAAUGCUUUGAUGCGCCGUUGCAGGCUAGCGAGCUGGAAGGCAUCAAGGAUUUGGUGUUGCAAGCUCCCGUUGCUGGAAACAGGUUUCCCUACGACGAUCUGUCAGCCACUGGGUCCUUUUCAGAUGCAGGAACUGCCACUGACAAUACAGCAGGACCACACAAUCACGCCAUGGCUUCCAACUCUUCAAAGCGUCCUCAUCCGCACUUGAGGAACUCCAGCCUUACGCUCUCUGGCUUUCUGUAUCUCCACACGCUCUUCAUUCAGCGAGGAAGGCUAGAAACGACUUGGACAGUGCUGCGCACGUUUGGGUACGGCUCGGACCUCUUUCUGCAAGAGUCUUUCGUAUCGCCCGCUUUCAAUGUGCCGUCCGAUUGUUCAGUGGAGCUUAGCCCGCAUGGCUAUCAGUUCUUGACGGACGUCUUUGAAGCGCACGACAAAGAUCGGGACGGCUCGCUGUCGAAGCGAGAGCUGUCAGCGCUCUUCUCUACUGUACCAGCUACCCACACGCAUCUUGCGGGAGCUCAUCCUUGGAGCCAGGACUUUCCUCAGGGUACUACUGUCACCGACGAAGCUGGCAGGGUCACUCUGCAGGGCUGGCUUGCGCAGUGGAGCAUGACGACACUUUUGGAGCCACGGACUACAUUAGCUUGGCUCGCUUACCUUGGCUACCCCUCUCUCAUCGCUUCGGCCUCCGCAUCGCCCUCCUCAAAUGCCACCGCAAGAGGAAUUGGUGCAGGGGCGGCUGCGGCUGGGCGCUCGGGUAACAGUACGAGUGCCAGUUCGCUGGGCAAAGGCGGCAGGUCAAAGUCGAAUUCGGGAGCCUCGGCACGCCCAGCGGACACGACGACCGCGCUGCAAUUGACAAAUCCGCGCAGGGUCGACAAGAAGAAGAAGGGGAAGCUGCAGAGAAAUGUCUUGCUGGCUUAUGUGGUCGGCGCGGCUGGGAGCGGCAAGAGCUCGAUUCUGAGAAAUAUGGUUGGCAGUGCCUUUGAAGAGACAUAUCAGCCUACUGGAAGGAGCUGCAGUGUCGUCUGUGGCAUCGAGCAGGGUGGCGCAGAAAAGUAUCUCGUCGUGAGUCGGAGGCGCGCGUCAAGGCCUGACCUGAUCAGUGCGCUCAUUGCACGCUGCUCCUACUUUUCAUUCGUCAGCUCCAAGAAUUUGGCUCGAGAUAUGAAUCUGAAGCUUUGCGCAACGCGGCCAAGGUGUCCGCAGCAGACAUUGUCCUGUUCGUCUACGACAGCUCCGACACAAACUCUUUCUCCUACAUUUCCAAUUUGCGCCAGAGGUAUCCCACCCUCACGCAGUGUCCGUCUCUUUUCAUCGCCACCAAAGCCGACCUCGACUUGGCUCAACAGCGACACGAAGUGCAGCCUCACGUGUACUGCUCCAAGCUGGGCUUGAAAAUACCCGGACUGGGCAAUGGUGCCGGGCCUCUCAACAUCUCGAUCCGAACGGGGGAAGUAGCAGAUCUAUUUCAGGUGGUCUGCGCAACAGCUUUGAACCCGCGCGGAGCCAUACCGGGCGGAGACAAUGGGACCGGAGCGCUUGGGUUUGGUGGUACGAAGACUCGGUGGGCCUUUUACUUUUCGGUGGUCCUGAUAGGAGGCGGUCUGAGCGCUUGGAUGCUCAGGGGCUGGAGAGGCAACGGCACGUUCAAUGUGGGAUUGGGCGCUGUCUUUAGAGAUUGGAGCAAAACUGGACCUCCCGCUGGUUGGCUAGCAUGGAUCUGGAACGGCAUUCCGAAUCCUACCAGCGCUUGA